AUGAGUGAAGACAGCAGCAAGGACGUGGCAGGCAUGACGGAUGCUGCGGGCGCCGAGGUGGUGCCAGAGAAGGUGUGGCGAGCGCUGCCUAUGGCGCCAUUGCCGCGGCACAUGUGGGAGGAGGCCGAGGCGGUGGAAGCCAGCGCCAUGUCUUCUGCAGACAAGGCUGAUCGUCACACGUUUGCCGAGAUACGCGAGUCGCUGCCGCCACACACGGUCGGGGUGGAUCCCGCCGGGAUUGUACUGACGAUGGAGGAGCGACUGGUGCGGGCGGCGGAUGCCGGCGAGGUGGACCUAGUGGAAGAGCUCUUGGCGACGCCGGGCAUCGAUGUCGACAGGAUGGUGUACCUGACGUGGUCGACCGAGUAUCUUGGGUUUCUGGAUCCCAAGGUGGCGUCGAUGCAGACGCUCUCUGUGGCAAUCAAGUGGCAGGCGUCGGCGCUGUAUAUGGCGGCGCGAAGCGGCAACGCCGAGAUAGUGCAGAUGCUGGUAGAGGCCGGUGCCGAUGUGGAGGUCGGAUCGUCCCGGCUCGCGCCGCCGCUCAUUGCGGCGUGUUUUUGCAACCAUCGUGAUGUGGCCGAGCUACUUUUGGGAUAUGGCGCCAACGUGCACGGCGCGGCGCGCGGUGGGUACACCUCGGCGCUGGCAGCGGCCCAGGAGGGCCAUCUGGAGAUGGUCAAGUGGCUGUGGGACGAGCACGAGUGCCGCGCCAAGGCGAGGGACGGCUCGACUGCGCUGCACAUUGCAUGCAUCGAGGGCCACAUGGAUGUAGUCCGGUGGCUUGUCGAGGAGGCACGUUGCGAGCUCAACGCGCUCGACUCGCGUGGCUUCACGCCGCUAUGUGUGGCGACAGAGCGUGGGCACGUCGAUGUUGUGUCAUGGCUUCUCGCGCAGCCUGACAUCGAGGUCCCACAGCAGGCGUUUGGCAUGUCGCUAGCGGAUGUGGCGGUGUGGGGCGGGUCGCUUGAGACGGUGCUGGCAGUGGCGGCGGCAAGAGGACCCAACUUUAGCCCGCAGCACGGGCUCCGACUUGCCGUCGAGGAGACCGAUGCCGAGGUGGUGAAGCUUGUACUCGCCCAUGUGGGUACUCUCUCAGCUCGGGACGUUGUCGCCGCCGGUGCGCUGAACCGGGUGACGGCGCUCCGGCUUUUCGCCGCGCACAAUGCGAUGCACGGCAAUAGCAUCGACUUUGAGACGUGCACUAGCAUCGUCGCGUCGCGCAUCCGGGGCGACUCACUCUCGCUGCGGUGGAUGGAGUGGUGGGCGGGCAUUGCGGCGCUGACAACGGAAUGGAGCUAUGAGCUCCACAAGUGGUUCCCUUCUCGAGUCCGUGCGGCUAUCGAGCAGGUGCUGAUCAUAGCGCGGGCGCGGCGCGACAACGCCUAUGCCGCGGCGUCUACCACUUUUCUUCCGCACCUUCCCAAUGAGCUCCUGAUGGUCCUGUUCUCAUGGAUCGCCACGCCUCCGUGGCCAGAGGCUGAUGUGUCAUGA